GCACACUAGCGGAAGCAACAUUAACCUUGGAGACUGAACUCGAGAAGGCUGCCAAGAUGGACUGGAACCACCUUCUGACCUCGUACAUUAUCUUUCUAGCCUUGUUUAUAGGCACUAAAGCCGAAGAUGGGGAAACAGACAAUUCUAAUUUGUUGACAACAACGCCUGCAAUAGACGACAGUCUUAUUGCCAGGAAUGGUCUAACAUCAGACAAGUGUAAGGACGAUCCUAGCAAGCGGUAUGUCGCACCCGCCAAGGACUGCUUCGAUUACUUCACCCUGGCCAUCUUCUGGGCGCCCGGCUACGCGUAUAAGCAGAAGCUGAGGAAGGUGCCGAUUCGCAAGAACAUAGAUCCAAAAUGGAUCAUCCACGGCCUAUGGCCCUCGUGGUCGAGCGGACAGGAGGAUCCAGCUUGUAAGCGCUCCGACAUAUUCUUCAAUGAGAACCGCUUUAAGAACGCAAAAGUUCUGACGCCGCUGCCCGGAGACAACAACCUUUACAGCGUCCUGAUGAACACCUGGUACACCAUCCUCGAGAAAGCUACCAAGAACUUCUGGGAGCACGAGUUCAAUAAGCACGGGAACUGCGCCACACGGUCCUCGAAAAUUAAGGACGACGUCGGCUACUUCCAGAAGACUUUCGAUAUGUACUAUAAGCUCAACCUCGGUACCACCUUCUCCAACGCAAGAUAUAGGCCAGGAGAUAGCAAAAAGUUGUCAGAAAUCAUUACCGUGGUUAACGAUAGACUCAAAGCUAAAGUCAAGGUUGAUUACACGAAGGAAUACGUUAAAAAAGACAACACUUGGAAGGCGUAUUUGGCGGAAGUGUCCAUCUGCUUAGAUUACGACCUCAAGCCUAUUGACUGCACCAAUCUGAGUCGCCAAGAAAACGACGGUGACUUGAUGGUCACGUACCCAAACAGUGUUCCUAAUUAGACACUAAAUACCAUUUGGAUUUUCUAUAGUUUCAUUGCCGUAUCCUGAGUGCGACUUUUUGUUGUUACUACAUACUGUGAAGAAGUAAACAGUUCUUUUUUAUAUCAUUAAAAUUAGUUACUAGCUUUGAUUCGUUGUCAUUCAAUUUGUAGUCUGCGUGAGGAGUAAUGACAAAAAUUUAACUUUAUCAUUCAUAAAACGUACCUGUUUAUUCCCAUUUCGUCACAAUCAUUACAUACACAAUUACACAUUCCCAAUUAAUAAAAAUGUUUAUAAUAAA